AUGCUACCUGCACUUUCUCGACGUCAUCUCCAUAGCCGACAGACAGUACGGGAAGCCGUAAACAAAAUCCGCGAGUGUCUAUCCCGCAACCCUAUUCCCCCUUUGGUCUCUGACAUUCCUGUGUCUGCUCGCAAUGACGCCAAAGUACUGGUGGCCAACGCGCUGCAGCCCCGACUCGUACUUAGUAGCGACGUAGUUUUCCACGGAGCGCGAAAGCUGACCGAUCACGAGGCUGAACAGCUCAAUCGUUCUGUGGAAAGGCGUGUCGCAGGUGAACCGGUGGCGUACAUCAUUGGCUGGAAAGAGUUUUGGUCCAUGGAAUUCGCAGUGACUCGAGACACGCUCAUUCCACGCAGUGAUAGUGAAGUGCUGCUGGAGACUUUAGUGGCACAAUAUCACCCGCAGACACCACUGCACAUCUUGGACAUUGGGACCGGGUCUGGGUGUUUGCUACUCUCGGCGUUGUCCGAGUUCCCAAAAGCCACUGGAGUGGGCAUUGACAUUUCUCCCGGUGCACUUGACGUUGCAAGAAAAAACGCUCGCUCCCACAAAUUAGACGGCCGAGCAGAGUUCCUGCUUCGAGACCUGCAGACGUUGCCAGAGCUUGAGACCGAUGACAAAGUCAUGUAUCAACGUUUCGACGUGAUAUUGUGCAAUCCCCCGUACAUACCACAUCGAGAACUGCAUCUUGUGGGGCCAGACGUGCUCGCGUAUGAACCUCACUUGGCAUUGUUUUCUGGCGGUGCACCCUCAUCUGGAGACUGUGGAAUGGAUCUGGAUCCGCAGGGGUUGCGAAUGUAUGACUUUCUGCACAAGAGUGUUGGCAACCUCUUCAGAAGCCACGCAGAGACUGCAUUAGCAGCAGAGGGGGGUCCAGAGCGACGCAAAAGACCAGAGAAUCAUACGAAGAAGAACUGUUUGCUGAUGGAAAUUGGCUCGAUGGGUCAAGCGCAGGCAGUGCAGAAGCUGUUUGCUAGCACGGCAGAUACUCAAAGUAUACGAAGCGCGACCGGCGAUCGAUCACCUAUAAAGUUUGACCGUUUUCUAUUCGAUGCAAGCGGGAAGUACCGCGGCUUGCUCUUUUCUUGA